UAUGUAACAGGAAAGCAUAUAUAACUUGAUUCCUAAGGAAUACGUACCUCCUCCAAAAGAACCAAUGUAUCGAUCGGCAUAUCCAAGUGGAUUGACACCAACUGGCAGCACAUUCAAUAAUCAUACAACUAGUCGACCUAAAGUAGUUGUAUUAUUUUAUUCAGGUUAAUAAUAUCAAUGGAGAUUUUGAGUUAGUCAGGGGACCACAUACUCAUAAGGGAUAAUCCAAUUCUCUUGGAAGACCUAGGGGUAAUUUCACUUUGAAUUUUUAUAGGAUCAUACUAACCUGAUUCUACUAUGUUCAGAUUGAAAAAUACUGGAACAAUGGGAUCAAACCAACUCCCAGAAGGUAAUAUAUAAUAAUCAUGAAAUAGUUAAACAAUAUAAAUAUCCUCCUUCAGUCAGACCUCCUGUACCCAAAAAGGAUGAAAAGCCGAUUCAUGGACUUAAAUCAAAUAAAAAUUUCAUAGUGACGAAUGCAGUAGAAAAUAUACUAAGUGCACCAAAAUAAAUAGUAGAUGAAAAACCAUGGACUGAAAAAAAGGACUAUGGUAAGGUACCUGACUAUCUUACAAAAAUAUAAUAAAGCAUUUCAAGUGAAUAUGAAAUUAUUAGAAAUAUGCAUAUAAGUGAAGCUGAAGAAAUGGAUAAAUAAAAAUAUUUGAUGACUUAAGAAGAAGUUGAAUAAUUAAAAAAGGGAUUAAAAAAGAAAUGGGAAUCUGUUAAUAAAGAAUACUAAUCAAUUACACAUAUUCGAAUGAUUGAUACUGUUGGAUUGAAGAGAAAGUAAUAAAUAAUCCUUAUUAUUUUUAUAGAAAAGAGUAAUGUGAAAAGGAAUUGGCUUAAUUGGAGAAAGAUAUUGAAAAAUUAAAUAAAAAUUAUGUCUUUGUUGACACAUAAAAAUGAU